AAAAAUGGCAACCCAGUAAUAAGUCCAUGCUUGCUUGUUGACAUUCGUUUUUAACGUUUUCUCACUGUGUUUAUGCAGUACAGUUCCGCUAACCAUGUCGAGAUUAAUCGUAAAAAACCUACCGAACGGGAUGAAGGAAGACAGGUUCCGGACCUUAUUUGGAGCCUUUGGGACCCUGACAGAUUGCAGCUUGAAGUUCACUCAAGAUGGCAAGUUUCGCAAAUUCGGCUUUGUGGGUUUCAAAACGGAGGACGAUGCAAACAAGGCGUUGAAGCACUUUAACAAGAGCUUCGUGGACACGUCCAGAGUUACGGUGGAAAUGUGUAAGUCGUUUGGCGACCCUACCAAGGCCAGAGCAUGGAGCAAACACACCCAGAGUUCAGGCCCAGGGCCAGGCACCAAGGAGGCCAAAGAGGGAAAAAAGGACAAGAAGAAGAAGAAAGAAGAGAAACCCAGUGUUCUAGGAAAACUGGAAGAGGAUCAGGGCUUUAAGGAGUUUGUGUCAGUACAUCAGAACCGCAGUCAGGCCCCUACCUGGGCUAACGACGUCGUGGACCAAUCGGCAGCCCCCGAGGUUGGGAAGGGAACGAAUCAGGAGAAGAAGAAGACCAAGAAGAAGCCUUCGUCGGAUGAUUACCUCAACUUUGAUUCAGACCAAUCAGAUGAUGAGGAAGAAGAAAUGGAGGCGGAGGAGGAGGAUGGUGAUGAACAGGGUGCUACUAAGGAGGCUCUGAAGUCUGGCCUGUCUGAUAUGGAGUACCUGCGGUCAAAGGUAGCACAGCCAGGGGGUAACGUGGAGCAAAGUGAGGAGGAGGAGGAGGAUGAUGAAGAGGAGGAGGAGGAGGAUGAAGAUGAUACAGGCCCUGUGCCUACUGACAGUGCCUAUGAAAGUGGAGACAGAGAUGUCCUGAAGGCCAAAGCCUCGGCCCCGGCCUCAGCCCCUGCCCCGACCUCGGCCCCUGGCCCAGAUAAAAACCUCAACAAAGCAGCCAGCAAGUCUGCCAAACAGGAAACAGAGCCCACCACAGAGUUCCAAGUAAAACUGAGAGGAGCUCCAUUCAAUGUCAAAGAGCAACAAGUACGGGAGUUCAUGACCCCUCUGAAGCCUGUGGCCAUCCGGAUCGGCAAGAACGAGACGGGAAACCGGACAGGGUAUGUCUACGUGGAUCUACGCUCUGAAGAGGAGGUGGAGAAGGCCCUGAAAAAGAAUAAAGAUUACAUGGGAGGGCGUUACAUCGAGGUGUUCCAUGUGGGCGUGCGAGGGCAGGCCAGGAUGCCCACACAGGAUGGCGGCAGGGAGAAGAGCUUCACCCGGACGCUGAAGGAGGACGAGGAGGAGGAGGACGUGUCCGAGUCCGGGCGCCUCUUCAUCAGGAACCUGCCUUACACCUGCACAGAGGAGGAGAUCAGAGAGCUCUUCACCAAGCACGGGCCCCUGGCUGACGUGGUCUUCCCCAUCGACAGCCUCACCAAGAGGCCUAAGGGGUUCGCCUUUGUCACCUACAUGAUCCCGGAGAACGCCGUGUCGGCUCUGGCCCAGCUGGACGGACACGUGUUCCAGGGAAGGAUGCUGCACCUGCUUCCCUCCAUUAUAAAGAAGGAAAAGGCUGACUCUACUGGUUACGGCUCGACCGCCUUCAAACGCCAGAAAGAUGCCAAGGACAAAGCCGCCAGUUCCAGCUCCCAUAACUGGAACAGCUUGUUCCUAGGCACCAGCGCUGUUGCCGAUGUGAUCGCCGACAAAUACAACACCACCAAGAGCAAAGUUCUGGACCAUGAAUCUAAAGGUAGUGUAGCUGUGAGGAUGGCUCUGGGAGAAACGGAGAUCGUCCAAGAGACGCGUCAGUUCCUGCUCGACAACCACGUGUGUUUAGACUCCUUCAGUCAGGCAGCAGGAUCCAGAAGCACUUGCGUGAUCCUGGUGAAGAACCUGCCCAGCGGGGUGUCUGCGUCCGAGCUGGAGGGCCUGUUCUCGCCUCACGGCAGCCUGGGGAGGGUGGUGCUGCCCCCUGCUGGACUGACGGCCAUCGUGGAGUUCCUGGAGCCCACGGAGGCCAAGCGGGCCUUCACCAGACUGGCCUACAGCAAGUUCCAACACGUACCCCUAUAUUUGGAGUGGGCCCCAGGAGGAGUGUUCACAGCAGCUGCACCUGUGUCAGAGCCAAAGCCCAACCCAGAGGCCCCAGCACCAGAGACGGCAGGAGAGGUGGAGAAAGAAGAGGAGGAGGAGGAGGAGGAAGAGGAAGAGGAAGAGAGUGCUCCGGGGUCCACUCUGUUCAUCAAGAACCUGAACUUCAGCACAACAGAGGAAACGCUAUGUGAAACCUUCUCCAAAUGUGGCAAAGUAAAGACCUGCACCAUCUCCAAGAAGAAGGACAAGACUGGCAAGAUGUUGUCCAUGGGCUACGGCUUUGUCCAGUAUCUGACCCCUCAGGCUGCGCAGAAAGCCAUGAAGCAGCUACAGCACUCCAAGGUCGAUGAUCACCAGCUGGAGCUGAAAGUGUCGGAGAAAGACACAAAGCCCGUGAAGACGCCUCGCAAGAAGCAGGCUGAGAAGAAACAGACGAGCUCCAAGAUCCUCGUACGCAACGUCCCCUUCCAGGCCACCGUCCAGGAGAUAAAAGAGCUCUUCUGUACGUUUGGGGAGCUGAAGACCGUCCGUCUUCCUAAGAAGGCCGCCGCGUCCGGAUCAGGGGCACAUCGUGGCUUCGGAUUCAUCGACUUCCUCACCAAACAGGAUGCCAAGAAAGCGUUUGCCGCUCUGUGCCACAGCACCCAUCUGUACGGCCGCCGGCUGGUGCUGGAGUGGGCCGACGCGGAGGACACCGUGGAGACGCUGCGCAGGAAAACUGCAGAGCAUUACCAUGUCGCCCCAAAGAAACGGAAGCAGGCCGAGGUGAUGGAGGGGAUUCUGGAGACGAUGGAGGGGGGACAGGUGGAGGACGACUAAACCCCCCCAGAGCCAGACCUCCACAGGUCUGCCUGCCCUGAGCGCUACUGUCCCAGGAGAACCAUGUAGAUCCGCUUAUGGACCUGAGCAACAGACUCCAAGAACUCAGAGACUGCCUCUCUCUCAGUAACGGCCACUGGAGGACUUUCAUUAGAGUUGAGAAAUGAAUUCCAACUUCCAUCUCUAGACUCCUGUGACUAGUGAACUGAAGUGUGUUUAUACAGACUGGGGGUUGUGACUUAGAGAGGGGUUAUAUAUCGUCAUUGUCAUAUCUGAGAAGAUAGGAUUACUGUGUACAUUUGCUCAUUUGAUACAAAAUAGCCUAUUUAUGUAUACAAUUGAAGAUGAAACAUGUCAUUUUUGAAUUUUGAGAUAUGUUUUAUGAUUAAAUGUAAUGGUCCAA